CGCUCUACGGUUUACCGCCACGUUCAAUGCCGUCGCGCCCAGCGUACAGAGGACCAAAGCCUAUCAAUCUCCUAAAGUACCACCGACCGAAGUUGAAACUCAGCCAGGUCAGAGAGGUGCCGCAUCUCAGCAAGGAAUCCCGGCAAUGCAUACGGACCUUGGCUUCGUACCGUUUACCAAAGCCGCGUCUCAAGUUUCCAAGAUCAAAAUGUGCUGCCGUCCUUGUCGCCCUAUUCGUUGGCCGCUCGGGCGAGCUGCACGUCCUGUUAAGCCGCCGGGCUGCGACGCUCAGGACCUUUGCUGGCGAUACGUCUUUACCUGGAGGAAAGGUCGAUCCAGAAGAUAAGAACUUCGAAGAUGCCGCUCGAAGGGAGGCCUUUGAAGAGAUUGGUUUACCUCGGGAUCGUCGCAAAGUCCCCCUUCUCUGCGUUCUGGAUCCUUUUAUAGCGUCAAACCAGUUGAUUGUUGUCCCGGUCGUCGUGCUCAUCGUGGAUAACACAUUGCGACCGAUUCUCAAUUCAUCAGAAGUGGCCUCUCUCUUUUCUCACCCCCUCAAAGCAUUCGUAUCCUCUGAAUAUCCUUUGAACGCAGAAAUUGCGUCCCUUGAAGUCCCCCAUCACACAUACCAGGACUACAAUUUACCUCCAGGGCCUGACGGUGAAUGCCGCCAACUGCGUGUUCAUUGGUUUCUGACCGGCCGCGAGGCUGGGGGCACCAAACCUGUAUUCGGUCUAACUGCCGCAAUACUCAUACGCGUGGCAAUGCUUAGCUAUGCGAAAGAACCAGAUUUUGAGGUGGAGCCACCUGGAGCACCUACCAACGAAGAAAGAAUUGCAUGGGUGAUGUACUCGAAUCCGACUUUCCGGAAAGCGUGCGAGACAGAAGGCGUCGCAGUAGAUUGGGAGAGUGUACGCUGUAUCGCUGAGGAGGUCUUGAAACGAGAUAGGCUCCCUCGACCGAUACGAAGUAAACUCUGAUCCUUCCAUCUCUUAUAUGGCAGGUUAUGAAAGUUGGGAGAGAUGCAGCGACUCCAGGAACAUGCACAUAGAUACGGUCCAGAAGUACUGGUUUAAGAACAUCACAUGAAAGAAUAAUGAAUUAUCUAGCCC